GUCGCUUUUCCCUUCUUCCCGUCAUUCCUGUUUUCGCUUUCUCAGGGCUCUUAGGUUUUUCUACCACUGAGGCGCUUCGCGCCCCGCGGUUCAGUGACAUCAUCUUUCUGCGCUUCGUGCACGACUGCUGGUGAAAGAAGGAACCGCUCCGCCACCUUUUGCUUCUUUUGUUGGAGUGCUGUUCCUCUAGGAUCAUGGCGCCCUCGCUGUGGAAGGGGCUGGUGGGCAUCGGCCUUUUUGCGUUAGCCCACGCAGCCUUUUCUGCUGCUCAUCAUCGUUCUUAUAUGCAAUUAACAGAAAAGGAAGAUGAAUCACUGCCAACAGAUAUAGUUCUUCAAACACUUCUGGCCUUUGCAGUUACCUGUUAUGGUAUAGUUCAUAUUGCAGGGGAGUUUAAAGACAUGGAUGCCACUUCAGAACUAAAAAAUAAGACAUUUGACACAUUAAGGAAUCACCCAUCAUUUUAUGUAUUUAAUCAUCGUGGUCACGUACUGUUCCAGCCUUCGGAUACAACAAAUUCUUCAAACCAAGAUGCAUUGUCCUCUAAUACAUCUUUGAAGUUAAGAAAACUUGAAUCACUGCGUCGUUAGAUUUUUACAGAUUAUAAUAACAGGACAGGACAUAGAGCUGGAAUAUUGGAGUUUGGGUUAUAAAACACUCCCCCCAUCAGUAUUUAUAUUGAUUUUUCAGACCUAAUAAAAGUCUAUGGCCCUUGUUUGUAC